AUGGAACGUAUAAAGGAUUACUUGUUGAUGGAAGAAGAAUUCGUUCAAAAUCAAGAACGAUUGAAACCACAGGAAGAAAAGGCCCAAGAAGAGAGAACUCGGGUAGAUGAUUUAAGAGGAUCUCCUAUGGGCGUUGGAACCUUAGAAGAAAUUAUUGAUGAUGAACACGCAAUUGUUUCUUCGUCUACAGGACCUGAAUAUUAUGUCAGCAUUUAUUCAUUUGUAGAUAAAGAUUU